AUGUCUGAAGAUCAAAUCAAUCAAUUUUUGAUGAUAACAGGCUCAGAAAAUAAUGAAAUGGCCAAACAAUUUAUUGAAAUGGCUGAUGGGAAUUUAGAGGUGGCGAUCUCUAUUUUUUUUGAAAAUGGUGGUAAUAGAAUGGCCCAAGCUCAAGAUCGUCGUAAUAGUAAUACAAAUACAACCAGAAAUGCAAAUAGCGAUAGCAAUUUUCAUUCAAAUUCGAAUUCAGGUACUAAUAUUACAGCCAAUACAGAAUCAGAUGCUGAGUUAGCACAACGCUUACAAAAUGAAGCUUAUCAACAGGGUCCAAAUGUAGGGUCAGGAAUAUCCUCUGAUGAUACAAUUCGUGCUCCUGAUCAAGCCAUUCAUGAAACAUUAGCAGAUACUCAUAUUUUUCCUGGAACUUAUGGUGGUAUUGGGGGAUCUUUUGGUCCAUUAAGAAGAACUGUCGAUGACAUGUUUGAUCAAAGUAGACCCACAGGUGUUUUCAAUCAACGAUUUGAUUCAUAUACUGGUUCAAAUAAUGAAUCUUCGUCAUCUUCAGAUGAAGACGCUCAUGAUGAUGACAAUGAUGAUGACGACGAUGAUAAUAUGUCUAAUGAUUUAGAAUAUGAGUAUGUAGAAACAUCUACGAUUGAAAUUGAUGAUGAUGGUGAAUUACAUGAACAUACAAAAUUAGUUAAACGUCCAAAACAAAUGUCAAGAGAAAGAAAAUUAGAAUUAUUAUUUAGGCCCCCAUUCGAUAUAAUGUCAAAAAGAGAUUUUGAAAGUGCAAAGAGAAAAGCUGUCAAGAAAAAGAAAUGGCUAAUGAUCAAUAUCCAAGAUUCUGGUAUAUUUCAAUGCCAGGCUUUAAAUAGAGAUUUAUGGUCAUCAAAAGCUGUUAAAAAAUUAAUCAAGUCGCAUUUUGUGUUUUUACAAUAUCAGUUUGAAGCAAGAGAUGCAACCCCAUAUAUAAAUUUUUACAAUCUACAUGAUAAAAAUGAUUUACCCCAUAUAGGUAUUAUUGAUCCAAUUACUGGUGAAAGAAUGAAACAAUGGGACCAAACAGUUCCUGAAGUGACUAAGUUUAUUACUGACAUCAAGGAAUUUUUAAGUGCAUUUUCAAUGGACCCAAGUCAUCAAAAUCCGAUUGUUAAACAACCAGAACCUAAGGUCGAUCCAAGUACAUUAUCUGAAGAACAACAACUUCAAAUAGCAAUUAAAGAAUCAUUAGAUAAUGAUGCUAAUAGCGACAAUGCCCUUCGUGAUGAUAACAAUAAUCAUAUAGCGGCUGACAGUACGACUAACGAGGUACAAGCUAACAAUAAUACAUCCGCAUUAGAUCCAUUUACUACAAUCCAACCUAUAGCACAUGAGGAACCUCAAAAUAAACCGGGAAUUACAACUAGAAUUCAAAUACGUACAGGUGAUGGAAGAAGAAUUGUUAGAAGAUUCACUUCCGAAGAAGAUUCAGUCCGUACCAUAUUCGAAGUUGUGAAAACUGAAAUAGUAGGCUUUGAAACAGUACGCUUCAUGUUAACAGAUCAUAAUAGAGAAAAUUUGAUCGAAAAACUCGAUCUUUCAAUAUCUGACGCUGGUUUGAAGAAUAGUUCUCUGCUUUUAGCUAAAGAAGAGGAUGAAGAUGAAGAAGCUGAUGGCGAUGAAAAAUAA